AUUAAACAAAACGCAAUGAGGAGGAAGAACAAGUCACAGAGCCCAAACGGCUAACUUAGAUCAUCAUCAACAUCAUCAUCACCGUCAUCAGAGAGAGAGAGAGAGAGGAGAGAGGGUAAUGGCGGAGGGAGGAGGAGGAGGAGGAGGAGGAGGUGAGAGAAGCGGCGGCGGAGGAGGAGGCGGCGCCGAGGAGACAAAGGGGGGAGGAGGAGGAGGAGGAGGAGGAGGAGGAGAGAGCGUGAAGCUUUUCGUUGGGCAGGUACCGAAGCACGUCACGGAGGAGGAGCUCCUCGCCAUGUUCAAGGAGGUGGCGCUCGUCGACGAGGUCAACAUCAUCAGGGACAAGAUCACCAAAGCCUCCCGAGGUUGCUGCUUCUUAAUCUGCCCUUCGAGAGAGGAGGCCGACAAGGCGAUUAAUGCUUGCCAUAACAAGCGCACGAUGCCCGGAGCUUCUAGUCCAAUGCAGGUAAAGUUUGCUGAUGGCGAGUUGGAAAGAUUAGAACACAAACUUUUCGUUGGUAUGCUUCCCAAGAAUGUCACAGAUGCCGAAGUUUCUGCAAUAUUUUCCAAGUAUGGUAACAUUAAAGACUUGCAUAUACUUAGAGGUUCGCAGCAAACGAGCAAAGGCUGUGCCUUUUUGAAGUAUGAAACAAAAGAGCAAGCUGUUGCAGCCCUUGAUGCUUUAAAUGGGAUAUACAAAAUGGAGGGUUCAAAUGUGCCUUUAGUUGUUAAGUGGGCUGACACUGAAAAGGAAAGGCAAGCCCGAAGGGCACAAAAAGCUAAAUCUCAGAUAUCUAAUGAUCCGAGCACAAAUCCAAUGCAGCAGCCUUCAUUAUUUGGAGCUUUACCAAUGGGAUGUAUUCCCCAGUACAGCGGAUAUAGCUAUCAGCCAUCGGGAACUUAUGGGCUUAUGCAGUAUCCUUUAGCUUCAAUGCAUAACCAGGCUGCUUUUCGCAAUAUGUUGUCACCUGUGAAUCAAGGAAAUACAUUGAGUGGAAUCACUGCUGAUCUUUCCCCUGGCACAGUUCCUAGAACAUUUAGUACAAUGCAGGCUGCCAGAUAUAUAGGUUCUCCAUAUCCUGCUGUGCCAGGUCAACAUUAUCCUAUAUCUUAUCCGAGUGACAUAACAAACACACAGCCAUUGGGCAAUUCCCAUGAUGCAGCAAAUUCUGUAAACAUAAAUAGCAACCCUGAUACAUCUACAAGCACCAGUAUGACCUCCGGAGGUCAGAUAGAAGGGCCCCCUGGAGCUAAUUUGUUUAUCUAUCAUAUUCCACAAGAAUAUGCCGACCAAGACCUCUCAAGCGCCUUUCAGCGAUUCGGCAGGGUAUUGAGUGCUAAAGUUUUUGUAGACAAAGUGACUGGUGUUAGUAAAUGCUUUGGUUUUGUAAGUUAUGACUCUCCUGCAGCUGCCCAGGAGGCCAUUAAUGUGAUGAAUGGUUUCCAAUUAGGAACUAAAAAGCUUAAGGUACAACUCAAGAGAGAGAACAAGCAUAGUAAACCUUAUUGAUGCAAGAAGUUGCUUCUCAGGAUGUAGCAUUUUGUCUAUUAUGUAUACUCCCUUGUAGUUGCAAAAUUCUUUUGACUGCAUGAUCAGGCUAUAGUACAAAUGGAUGGAUGGAAUAUAUUUUCACACCACUAUAUGUAUACUCCAUCCUGCCAUGUCUAUAAUGUCGGAACUAGUAGCUUCAUUGUUAGAUCCAAAUUCUUGUUCUUCCACUUAUUGUAUUUUAUUGCAACAUGUAUUUUGUAUUAAAUCCCAUUAGACAGAACUUUAUCAAUUUAUUUAAUUUUUCACUUAAAAUGAAGAUGCACUCCAAUUACCUUGUGA